UUGACGUACAGCAGCCGUAGGUAAACUUGCCUCUUUGAACGUGUAUGAGCAACAGGUGAGGGAAGAACGUCGAAUAAGAUCACAAAAUGCACAAGUCAUUUGUUAAAAUAUAUGUUUUCAUGUUGAUAAUAUGGGCUGUAGAAAAGUCUGAUUGCAAACAAGGAGGUUAUCAGGGCCAGCUAAUGAAUGCUGAAGAUUUCAAUUUUUAUAAUGGAGCAGCAUGCUUAAGUUAUGGUCAUUCAUGCUGGGGAGCUCAUGGCAAACGCAAUGCAGAUGUGCUAAACAAUCCAAAUUCCUGGUUCUUAUAUCGUAUGCAAAAAUUGGCUCAUAAAGACUCGUCUAUAGAUCAAAAUCAAUCACAGGAAGAAGACAUAGCAAAGACCAUGAACGUUUUUAAAAGAUAUAUGCAACGAAAUUUAAAGAAAACAAUUAGCGAUGACACCUGGAACAUUCAACCGAGAAAAUAUAUACCUGAUGAUAGAUACUACGAAGAUCAAGUAUUAGAUCCUAGACUGGAAUAUAAACUUAUGAAUGUGAAGUAAAAAUGAAGUACUACGACUAAUUUUAUAACGUUAUAGUUAACAUUUGGAGAAGUCAGAAAUAAUAACACUAAAAAUAUGUUACAAAUAUAUCUUGUUUAUGUCAAAUUAAUAUAACAAUUUAAACUGCAUAUUUAAUUUAAAUACACAAUUUACACUAAUUACAUUUACGCAUAUAAAAUUGUUUCCUUAUUAGCCACAAAAAUUAUUUACCAAUUAUUUUUCUUUGUAUUCUAUUACAUUUUUAUGUUAUUUGUUUUUAGUUCCAUAAACUAUGUAACAAAU